CACUUCCCGCGGAGGGACUGUGCCGUGGCACCCGGCGAGACCAAGGAGGACGUGGAGGCCUGAGAGCAGCGACGAUGGACGACCACAGCCUGGAGGAGUUCCGCCGGCGCUGGCAGGAGGAGCUGGCGCAGGCCCAGGCGCAGAGGAAGCGGAGGCGGCCCGAGGCUGCCGAGCGGCGGCCGCGGCGGCUAGAGGUGGCCCCCGGGCGCGGCGAGCAGGCCUCGGGGUACCUGGCGCUAGCCCAGGGUCUUCUGGAGGGCGCGGGGCGGCCCCCGGCGGCGCGGGCGACUCGGGCCGAGAGGCAGGACGCAGCGAGCCGUUCCCGCUCUCCUCCAGCCCGCGAGAGCGCGGGGGGCGGGGAGCAGCUGGUGGACCAGCUCAUCCGCGACCUGAAUGAGAUGGAUGAUGUGCCCUUCUUUGAUAUCCAACUGCCUUAUGAAUUGGCAAUCAAUAUAUUUCAGUAUCUGAACAGGAAAGAACUGGGAAGGUGUGCACAGGUGAGCAAGACGUGGAAGGUGAUUGCAGAAGAUGAAGUGCUGUGGUACAGGCUGUGCCAGCAGGAAGGGCACCUUCCAGAGAGCAGCAUCUCUGACUAUUCUUGCUGGAAGCUCAUCUUCCAAGAGUGCCUCGCCAGGGAACACAUGUUAAGAACCAACUGGAAGAAUCGCAAAGGUGCCGUGAGCGAGCUGGAACACAUUCCUGAUGCAGUUUUAUGUGAUGUGCAUUCUCACGAUGGCGUUGUCAUUGCUGGAUAUACGUCAGGGGAUGUGAGGGUGUGGGACACCCGCACCUGGGACUAUGUAGCCCCCUUCCUGGAAUCAGAGUAUGAGGACGACGAUGAACCUGGAAUGCAGCCAUAUGUCUCCUUUGUGAGGAUAAACAGCUCGCUGGCGGUAGCAGCUUAUGAGGACGGAUUUCUUAAUAUUUGGGAUCUAAGGACUGGAAGGUAUCCUAUUCAUCGUUUUGAACAUGAUGCAAGAAUACAGGCACUGGCCCUGAGCCAGGACGAUGUGACCAUCGCCACUGCUUCUGCUUUUGAUGUCGUAAUGUUAUACCCUAAUGAAGAAGGAUACUGGCAAAUAUCUGCAGAAUUUGAAGUUCAGAAACUGGUUGACUACCUUGAAAUAGUCCCAGAUACUGGAAGGUACCCUGUGGCAGUAGCUACUGCUGGGGAUCUGGUAUACCUGCUAAAAGCUGAAGACUCUGCCAGAACUCUCCAUUACGUCUAUGGCCAGCCCGUCACAUGUCUAGAUGUCUCAGCCAACCAGGUUGCUUUUGGCGUAAAGAGUCUGGGAUGGGUGUACGAAGGAAACAAGAUCCUGGUGUAUAGCCUGGAAGCAGAACGCUGCCUCUCAAAGCUGGGGAAUGCACUUGGUGACUUCACUUGUGUCAACCUCAGGGACAGCCCUCCCAACCUGAUGGUCAGUGGCAACAUGGACAGAAGGGUGAGGAUCCAUGACCUCCGCUCCGAUAAAAUCGCCCUGUCUCUCUCUGCCCACCAGCUUGGGGUCUCUGCAGUCCAGAUGGAUGACUGGAAAAUUGUCAGCGGAGGCGAAGAAGGCCUGGUCUCUGUGUGGGAUUACCGGAUGAACCAAAAGCUGUGGGAGGUGCAUUCUAGACACCCUGUCCGCCAUAUCUCGUUCAACAGCCACAGCCUCAUCACAGCCAAUGUGCCCUAUGAGAGGGUGGUGCGCAAUGCCGACCUGGACACCUUCACCACGCACCGGAGACACCGGGGGCUGAUCCACGCCUAUGAGUUUGCAGUGGACCAGCUGACCUUCCAGAGCCCUCUUCCCAUCUGCCGCUCCCCCUGUGACACCAUGGCCGGUUACAACUAUGACCUUGCACUGGCUUUUCCCUAUGACCAUAGUUAGGGAAUUGCCUUCUUUGGGAGCAGGGAGAAAUUAUAGGAAUAACCAAUUUGCUGCAUCUUAAGACGACAGGGAGGCACUGCCCAGGGUGCACAUGCGCAACAGCACACAUUCCCACACUGCCUUCACUGUUCUCUGCCCGACUCUAGAAGCUGGAGUUUUCCAUGGCUGAUUUCACCGUCCUCUGUUCUCUCUCCCCUGGCUUUGAGUACACACAUGGAUGACUCAGAUUUAACCUCCUUCCUCUGUGCACUCCCACCCCGAUACCUUCUCCAGCUCAGUUCAGCCUGUCUCAGGAGUGACACCCUACCCAUCUUGCCAGGCUGCUAUAGUUGCAGGACUUUUCUGCAGCUCUUCCGAUGAGCUCCAGGAGGAUCACUGUCCAGCAAAGCUCCUGCCCUGCUGGCCAUCUUCCCAGUUUUCAAACUCUUCCCUCUUUAGGAGCCUUUGGGUGUGUUGGUCUCUGGGCCUACAAGGCCCUAACACGCACCUGUCCUCUGGAUCACAGAUCAAGUAUUUACUCAGGGUAGAUUUCUUUGGCACCCCCACCCCUGGCAUGACCCAAUAUAAACCUGGUAGAACAGUAGUACUUUUUCUUCAUAGCUUUUACCCUGGUUUAUAAUCACAGUAGCCCCCCUUAUCCAUAGGGAUACUUUUCCUGAAACCAUGGCUAGUAGUGAACCCUGUAUCUACUAUCUGUUUUCCUAUACAUACAUACUGUACAGCAUGGAUAUGCUAGACAGAGGGAUGAUUCACAUCCCAGGCUAUUCAUGCUACUGCUCAGAACGGCACGCAACCUAAAACUUAAAUUGUUUUUUUCUGGAAUGUUCCAUGUAAUAUUUUCAGGCCACGGAAAGAGACCAUGGGUAAGUGAAACUGCAGAUAAGGGAGGGGGACUACUGUGUAUAUUUACACAAAUAUUUCAGUUAUUUUGCUUACUACUGUUGUGUCCACAAUAUGUGAUACAAAGUAAUUAUUUUCUAAAUACUCAUUAACUAAAUAGCCAUCCUCCAUAUGGGAUGGAAGGUGAUUCUACAGGAGGAAUCAUGAUCUUAAACCACUAAGAGAAAACAGGACAACAUGCGAGAACUGUUCGGCUUGAUAAAUAGCUUACAUUUCCAAAGUAUUAAGAAAGCAAGCCAUUGCAUUACUGUUGAUUAAACAGCACCAUCCACCUAAUAUAUCUUCAAAACAUAAAAAGCAAAAAGUGGGGCUGGCCGGUUAGCUCGUUUGAUUAUAGAGUGUGAUGCUGGUAACACCAAGGUCCAGGGUUCCAUCCCUGUACCGGCCAGCCGUCAAAAAAAAAAUACUGAUAGAACUUCAAGGAGAAACAAAAUCCAUACUUACUCAUGGUGGGUGAUCAACAGAUCAAAUCAGGGGAAAAUAAUACUUGUAGGAUCUACUUAAUAUAAUUAGCAAGCUAGAUCCAAUAGACGUGUAUGGAAUUUUGUACCUUUUCAAAUACCCAUAGACUAUGCUCAAAAAGACCAUGUACAAAGACCACAAAGAAAAUCUCAGACUGCACAAAGAGUGAUACCACACAGGCCAAAUUCACUGACCCCUGUGCAGUGUAACUAGAAACAAGCAAAAAGCAAAGUAAUGAAAUAAAACCAUACACCUGGGAAUUGCAUACACUCCUGAAUUAACUUGGAUUUAAAGAGGGGAAUAAAAACAGAGAGUUUAAACUUUGGAGACCAGGAUGACAAAUGAAAGUACUGAAUAUCCAAACCCAGGGGAGGAGGCAAGAAGGGGACAGAGUUGUGCCUUCAAGAGAAAACAAGGCAGACAGAAGAUAGAUGAACUCAGCUUUCAACUAAAAGGUAACAUGAUCCCAAAGAAAGGAGUUAAAUAAGAGCAAAAGCAGAUGUUAAUGAAAUAGAAAACAACAAAGUUAAUAUAAAGCCAAAAGCCAUUUUUUGAAAAGACAAAAUAUACAAGUCUUAA